GCCAGGAGCCAUGCUGACGUUAUUCCUGGUGGCAGCGCUGGCCGUGGUGCUUGUUAUGCUCUACAGGGAGCUCCUCGCAUGGCCUAAAAACUUCCCGCCCGGCCCUUGCCGGCUGCCGGUGUGGGGCAGCUACUGGUGGCUGGUUCUCACGGACUGCCGCCGCAUCCCCCAGGCGCUGCGCCGGCUGAGCGCCGACUACCGCACCACCACUCUGGGGCUAUUCCUGGGGCCGUUCCCGGCCGUCUACGUCACAGACGAGGCCUCCAUCCGGCAGCUGCUCUCCAGGCCUGAGUUCCAGGGCCGCCAGAACAACGUACUCUCCGAGACGCGCACCUUCAACAGGAACCUCGGCGUGUCGUUGGCGAACGAGCCUGCGUGGCGGCGCCACCGGCGCUUCUCGCUGAGCCAGCUGCGGGACCUGGGCUUUGGCAGGCGCUUCCAGCCGCUGGAGCUGGAGACCGCCGCGGAGGUCAGCGACCUGCUCGACCUGAUGGCGGGCCGCCGACACGACCAGAGCGUACGGAGACCGUGCGACGGCGCCGUGCUGUUCCCGGACGCGACGUACCGCUGCUUCGCCGCCGUCACGUGGUCCCUGUUCGCCGGGACGCGCCCCGGCCGCGCGGCCGACCGCCAGCUCCUCCUGCUGGGCCGCCGCGGCCGGCAGAGCGUUCUGGCCACCGACGCCACCGGGAACACCAUCAUACAGACGCCCUGGCUACGCCACCUGUCGCCAGGCCAGUUUGGGCUCGCGGAUUUCGUCCAAGGACACAAUGCACUCACCGACUACGUCAAGCAAACUUUUGAUGAACAGUUGGCUACCUAUUCGGAACACCACACGCGUCAUUUCCUUGACGUCUGCAUAAAGGAAAUGAAGAAGGACUCCGCGGACCAAGGCUUACCCUUCGACAUUGACCAGGUGAUCGCCACGGGGACGGACCUGCUGCUCCCGUCGCUGACGGUGACCACCACCGCUCUGGCAGAGGCCGUGCGCUGCCUGGUGCUGCACCCAGAGGUGCAAACCAAGGUGCAUCUCGAGAUUGACAGCGUGGUGGGCAGAGGGAGGCUUCCCACGCUGGAAGACCGCCCAAAUCUACCAUAUUUUGAAGCUACCAUACGUGAAGUGCUCCGCAGAAAGACCGCUGUGCCUCUCAGUGUUGCCCAUGCAUCUAUGGCAGAGGCAACUCUCAAUGGGUACACUCUUCCAAAAGGCACAAUUCUGCUGCCAGGUCUCGAAGCUUUCCACAUGAAUCCAGAAGUGUGGGGAGAUCCAGAAAACUUCAGACCUGAGAGAUUCCUUGAUGAAACAGGCAAGCUUUUGCCAGACAGGACACUGCCAUUUGGAGGAGGUCGGCGAGAAUGCUUCGGGAAGACCUAUGCUCGCAACAGUUUGUUUCUUUUCCUUGGGGGAAUGCUGCAGUCCUUUAUACUGCAACAGCCACAGAGCGAAAAGCCCCUCACACUUGACGGCUUGUGUGAGUACGGAAUUGUGACUACACCAGACAGUUUCUGGAUAAAUGCGGUGCAGCGACCAGAAGUACCCAGUAAAAACUGACUGUGAGGCAGUAGUCAAUAUGGACACUGCUGAAGCUGUAUUUGAAAGACCAUUAUUGUUUCUCAUAAGACUGUUUCUUAAAUGUGCUCAUUUGUGACAAAUCGGCCAGGCAAAACAGCACAGUGGCAAAGUGAUCACUACUAUAUGGGAAUAAUUUCAGAGAUUCUCUCCAUGGUCUGCAAACGGCAGAUAUAAAAUACUGCUCUCCAUGAGAUCCAUGCCUUAUGAAGUGUUGUUAUUGUGAAUAUUUUUUUUUCAAUUAUAUGAGAAAUUACGUGGAGGAAAAUUAUGAAACUUAUUUGAAUGAAUCUCAAUCAAAUUUUAUGAAUACCCAUCUUAUGUUCACAUGUACUCACAGAUUAUUUCUCCCCUAGCGUAUUAUGCUCAGGUGCACUAAGCUAAUGAUUAGACUACAAAAUUUAUUCAUAUACUGCUGGCCCAGAAUACUUCCAGAAAUGGAAGGUAGGAGACGAGACACUGGCAGAAGUAAAGCUGUGAGGACCAGGCGUGAGUCGUGCUUCAGUAGCUCAGAUGGUAGAGUACUUUCCCUCGAAAGACAAAGGUCCCGAGUUCGAGUCUCGGUCGAGCACACAGUUUUAAUCUGCCAGGAAGUUCACU